CCCCGGACCCUCUUCUCCGCGCCCCGGUCCGCUCUCUUGUUACCGGUGCCACCGGCUCCCGGGGGACACCCAGAGGCGCUCGUCCCGCCACCACCCGCGACCACGGGGGUAGCCCGGGGCCGUUCCGGAGUCGCCCGGACCCGAGAGGCUGCUGCACCGGGCCUCAGCCACCCCUCCGGAUGCUGGUGCUGCCCUCCGCAGAGGCCAUGGAGGCCCGGCCCUCUCGGACAGGCAGGUCUCCAGAACCCGGACCUUCCUCCUCCACAGGACCUCCCCAGACUUCCUCGUCUCCGAGGCCCAACCACUACCUGCUUAUUGACACCCAGGGCAUCCCAUACACCGUGCUGGUGGACCAGGAGUCUCAGAGAGAGCCUGGGGCAGAUGGGGCAUCAGCUCAGAAAAAGUGCUACAGCUGCCCUGUGUGCUCCCGGGUCUUCGAGUACAUGUCCUACCUGCAGCGGCACAGCAUCACCCACUCAGAGGUGAAGCCCUUCGAGUGUGACACCUGUGGGAAGGCAUUCAAGCGGGCCAGCCACCUGGCUCGGCACCACUCCAUCCACCGGGCUGGCGGUGGGCGACCCCAUGGCUGUCCGCUCUGCCCUCGCCGCUUCCGUGAGGCGGGUGAGCUGGCCCAGCACAGCCGGGUCCACUCUGGAGAGCGCCCAUUUCAGUGCCCCCACUGCCCACGCCGAUUUAUGGAGCAGAACACGCUGCAAAAGCAUACUCGGUGGAAGCAUCCAUGAGCCAGGCUGCAGGGUACCCCAGGUACCAUGGGGUUCUGGGGGGAGCCUGGACUCCUGUCGCCCUCAGACA